CGGAACUCUGGGCCGCUGAAGUGGAGGGCGUGAACUUAACCGCUCCACCAUGGCAGGCCCUAAGCCUUCUUUAUAACAGCAUCUACACCGCUAGAUUUUUGGCAGGUUAUUAAGGUUUCUUCCCUCCUUUUCUCUGGCAGUGUGUCUACUUUAGUGCUUACAAGCUCUCUUGGCUUCCCCUCAAGGCAGUGGAAGUUGAGGCAGGUGCACACGGGUGAUGGGUGGAUGGGCGCCACACCUGGAGCAGCCAGAGGCCUGGGGACAGGUGCCAGUGGGGAUCCACUGAGUACUUGGUUCUCGGUCAGGAGCACCACAGGCGCUCUGAUGGUGGCGCUGGGCCCAGGGCAGUGGAGCCAAACGGCAGGCGGAAGCCGGUCGAGCUAGGAAGCUCACUCGUGCCUAAAGGGGCGAGGCACCUGGUCCAGGCGGACAGCAUGGGAAGCCCCCUCUCAUCCAUCUGCAGAGACGCACAGGGUGACAUGAAGUUGGUCUGUCGCUGUCCGGAGCGCAGGACCAGGGGUUCCCUCGGCUCCCCAGAUCCCGCAGAAUCCCAUCUGCGUCCCCCUAGGAGCCGGGGUCAGGCUGCCCGAGGGGCUGUCCACCGGCAAGAGGAUGCGAGCAGGACUGGCGCCUCCCUGCCCGCGAGCGGACAGCGCCCUGGGGCUCCGCUCCCGCCGGGGCUAGCCUAUGCCCUCCCCCGAGCCCGCCGGGGCUGGAGUGGAAGCCGGAUCCCGCUCUUUCGUUUUCGUUUCCCGGAAGGAUAGCAAUUACCGGAGAGCCCUCGGCGCCUGCUCGCCCUGGCAACCCAAGCGCACGCCAGCCGGCACUUCUUGAAAGAGAUUCCUCCCACGCGACCUUCCAGUUUUCAGGGCCAAGUGAGGGUUUGGGGAAGGAACGCCUGAGAGCGCCGGCCUAGGGCCCAGCAGCCGCAGCCAGUGGAGCUCUCACGACGAACAGCCGGGUGGCUCCCUCACCUCCACCUGUAAUGCAGGAGGGAGCACUGGCCAGUUCUCCUGUGAGCCCUGAGGCAGCCACACCUUCCCCAGGCACCCAGACCCAAGCCCGAGGUGCCUCUCGAGUGAACCUGCUGGGCGAGGGGCCAAUCUGCAAGCUGCCAGGAAGACUCCGCAUCCAGCCGGCGCUUUGGAGCAGGGAGGACGUGCUGCACUGGCUGCGCUGGGCCGAGGGCGAGUACGCGCUGCAGCCCACCCGGGAGCACGGGUUCGACAUGAACGGCCGCGCCCUCUGCAUCCUCACCAAGGAUGACUUCCGGCUCCGCGCACCAGGCUCAGGUGACGUCCUGUAUGAGCUGCUCCAGUACAUCAAGACCCAGCGGCGGGCUCUGGUGUGUGGGCCCUUUUUUGGAGGAGACUUCAGGCAGAAGAUAUCCCCCCAGCACUGCCCUUGCCUCCAGGAAGAGGGGACCGGGCCUUUUCAGGUGGCCCCCCAAAGGGGCCUCCUGCAGCUGCCACCCGACCUGGGGCUUGCCAGCUCCUUGAGCCACUCAGAUGCCCCCGGCCUGGCCAGGUGGCCCCUCAGCAGGGAGGAGUCCCUCACCUUGCCUCACUGUGCGGAGCUCGGCUGCAGGGCUGAGGGGGUCUGCCCCCGCCCCCCGAUGCCGCGGGCCCCCAUCGACGGCAGGAUCGCCGACUGCCGGCUGCUGUGGGACUACGUGUACCAGCUGCUCUCUGACACCAGGUACGAGCCCUACAUCAGGUGGGAAGACAAGAAUGCCAAGAUCUUCCGAGUUGUGGAUCCAAAUGGGCUCGCCAGACUCUGGGGAAACCACAAGAACCGGGUGAACAUGACCUACGAGAAGAUGUCGCGUGCCCUGCGCCACUACUAUAAGCUGAACAUCAUCAAGAAGGAGCCCGGGCAGAAACUCCUGUUCAGAUUUCUGAAGACACCCGGGAAGACCACCCAGGACAAGGGCAGCCGCCUGGAGCAGCUGGAGAGCCAGGAACAGGACAGGCUGGAUUUUAAGGAGGAGAUUCGGGCAGUCUCUCCAUGAGGGGCAUGUGGACUCCGGGCACCCGGCACCGAUGGGCAGAGCCUGAGUCUCCCAUGGAGGCAGCUGGCUGCAGGGUGGCCCCUCCCUCCUCCCAGGGCAAGUGGGCACUCCCAGCUGAGUUUUGCACUCACGGGAUCACAGCUGUUGGCUCGGACCUCGAGGCUGCCUGGGGACCCGGGAGGGCCAAGAACUGGGAGGCCCCACAUCCGGGACGUUGGUGGGGGGCAUCAUUCUUCGGAUAGGGCAGCCCUGGGGCUAAGCGGGGCACAGGAAAUGAACUCUCUCCCUGCCUUGCCCCUUGGUACCUGCCCAGCUUGGGAGAGGAAGUCAGAUGCUGAGAGAGCAUCCCACCCAACUCCUUCGGUUUACAGAAGAAGGGAGCACUGAGCCUCAGCUUUCCUCAUCUGUGAACGGGGCGUGCUCCUGAAAACCCGCCCUCAGGGGGCUGAUGCGUGAGAUGGAAAAAAGAAUUACUGCUUUUCAGCCUCAGUAAUAAAAGCAAUAAUGACUCCUGACACUGAA